AUGCAAGCGAAGCCGCCAGUAAACUGGAACAAAGGCGAAGCAGCGUUGCUGAUAUUGAAGAAUAAAUUCGGCAGCAAUUGGGCUGAAGACAUUAAAGUGAUAUUUGCCGGCGAUGACAACACUGAUGAGGAUGCCAUGCGGGCGCUGCAAGGCUCUGGUAAAUCUUUCCGCAUCUCCGCCGAUCCUGCAAUUCAAACCUACGCUGAUUUCCGUUUGCCGCGUCAAGAUCUCGUAGAGCAAUUGCUGAAAUGGAUAAGCAAGACCUACUCCAAUUAAUUACAGUGCUAUUUGUUGAUUCCAGACAAUUUUAGUUUAUUAGGAAAAUUAUAAAUCUUAGUAUUCAUACAUACACAUUAUAUGUAUUUAUGUAUAUGCGCUUUUUGAAAUAAUAUGAAGUAAUGUGCAACUAUCAAUAUUUUGCUGCAUUAAGUUAUAUUUAAAUACAAACAUAUGUAAUCGUUAAGUACAUAGCAGUGG